CUCAUUUUCCUGUGAGUAAGAAAUUAGAAUCAAAAUGAGCCAACUCUGAAGCCCAACAGAUACGGGCCAAACAUAAGUCCAUUCUUGAUUCUGUUACCCGCGGUAAUAUUUGUGGACUGCGGGUGGUCAGCGAGUGAGAGACAAUACAAUACGAUUAAUCAGUGCUGUUAACAGAACAGCUCUCGGUAUUUUUCAGUUUUGCAUAAUCUGAAAGAAAGUAGAGUGAGGCUUCAGGAAUAUGCUGCCGCAGAAGAUGAAGAAGGCUGUGGGAGACAACCCUAAGAAGCUUGCUAAUUUAAUUGAUCUUGUAAAUCUUCCCUCAACUCUUAGAGAGUUUGUGGGCCAGUCUCAAAUUUCUCGUUUGGGCUGUUUCAUGCGUGUCUGGUCCUAUAUCAAGACCAAUAAUCUCCAGGAUCCGAACAAUAAGAAUGUAGUCAACUGUGAUGAAAAGUUGAAGAGUAUUUUGUUGGGAAAGCCUCAAGUUGAUCUAGCUGAACUACCUGCUCUGAUCAAACUGCAUUUUCCCAAAGAGCCAAAGAAUCCAUGAAAAUGCUUUAGUAAUAUUCUCUGCUUUUCUUGAAGCUCCUAGCAACAUUUCAGUUAGGGUUCUUCAUAUUCACGGACAGCUAUUCCCCUUCCAAGCUUGGUUAUGUGCUAAGUUUUUACCUUGGAUUGAUUCCUUCAGGAAUAUAUCGAGGUUAAAUAUUUUAUUAACGUGAAACACUUCCGAUCUGUUGUCGAUUUUAGGAAUUGCCAUUUGGUACAUUUCCCUUCCACCUCUAGUGGGAUUACCUUCUUGGUGAAAUUUGAGGAGAGUAGACUGCAAUCUGAACAAAAGAAAUUCGGAAGAAUAUUGCUUGGCACAUCAUCUGUUGUUAACAAGAUUAGAAGAAUGAUUGCAGUGCGUCAAGUUUAAAAAAGAAAAUUUAGAACAAGGACUAGAACUAGAAUUGAGCUAACAACAAUAUUCUUUGUCAUCAUUAUAGAAACUGAGUUAAGCAAUUUUUUACUACAUAAUCAGCAACAAUUUGAUUUGUCUUCUCUGUAGGGUGGAAGGAAUCCCAAAAUACAUAUUUAUUUGCAUCUGAGCAUGUGAAGGGGUUUCUUUUAUUGCACAUGUAACCCAUCUCAAAUAGUCCAGUUCCACAGCAUGCUUCUGCUGCAUUAUCGAACCC